AUGGAUAGAUAGCCAAAUAGAUAAUAGAGAGGUGACGAUAGACCAAUUAAAGGCAAUCCAACAGGAAAAUAUAAUAUGGAUUUUAUAGAUUGGAAUAACGAAUGGAGCAACGUUUAUGAUAAUUUUGAUUUUACAACUGAUCAUUAAAACUAAUAAUGUCCCAUUUUUGGAAUGAGCAAAGAAACCUUCUUGCGUUUAGUCGCAGAUGAAUUUUAACAAUUAGAAUGGGAUAACAAUAUGCAAAUGGAUGAAGAAGGAAGACUUCCUGACGAAAUUGUGGAUAAAGUGAAGAAGAUGAAAAUGGGUACAAGCAAUUAAUCCUGUGCUAUCUGCGUUACGCCGUUUAAAAAGGGAGAAAUCAUUAGAAAGCUUCCAUGUAAGCACAUCUUCCAUGAUAGUUGCAUUUUACCUUGGUUUAGUAAGAAAAGUAAUUGCCCUAACUGCAGAUUUGAUAUUAAAGAGUACUAUAUGAAACAUUAAGAAGAAUCUAAUUAAUAAUGA